UGGAGACAAACUGGUCGAACCAGAAACACGUUCAGCUGAAUGAAAGAAUGUCGACUGUCCUUUUCAACACAGAGAGACGCAGGAUACAGCCACAACACUCAUACUGAGGAUACACACAUGUGGAUUAGUUUUUAAUCAUCUUGGUGUGUUUUCAAAGGAAGAAAUGUCCAGAAACGUGGAGGCUAAAGCAGCUGUGCUCUCUGAAGUCUCCAACAAUACAACCAAACGAAUGAGUCAUGUUGAGGAACCUACACAGGAAAGGGAGCAGAAAGUGCCGGAAAUAUCUCUCCAAAAGGACGAUGUGACUGAUGAUGGUGAACAAGAAGACCAGAAAGACAAAAACACGAGGAUGAAAGACCUGCGUCAAACAAGUCAGAGAGAUAUAAGAUCCAUAAGCCCACUGAGUUUCAUCAAGGAGGACUUGAGCCAGUUUAAGGAAGAAGUGUUGAAGGUGUUCAGGGACAAGGACACAAACCCAUUAAGUCAGGCAGAAAAGGAACCUGCCAUUAGUACGCUCAACCUCCUGAAAGAGGACUUGAGCCAGUUUAAAGAAGAUGUGACCAGCGUCUUCAGUUUGUCGAAAGAGACCAAGUCCACAGAUACUAAAACAAGACAGUCAGCAGAGAAGACCAUCAACCGUCUGAGCUUUCUUCAUUUUAAAGACGACAUUUCUAGCAUCUUCAGAAUGGGUCCUUCAAAGGAGAGGGGCAACAAGGCCAAGGAAGAUUCAUCCAACACCUUUACAAUAACAGCAGAAAGCCUUUUCAGAAGAGACCAAAAUACUUGGGUCCUAAAAGCAGAGAACUCUGAGGAAGUUAAAAAGGUAUUCUCAGAGAAGGAGGAGAAACAAAUGGAUGCUGGCUUUAGGGGAAACCUCUCAGAGUCCAUAGAAGAGACAGUCAGAGGAGAGAACAUCUCAGAAAACAUGAAGGACAGGAUGUACGAAGUGGAGGACAGGGAAGGGGGUAUAACUUCCUCUGAUGACAAAAGUAUUUCUGAAACACUUCAAACUGAGGAGACGGUUCCUACACCACAGGCAGAAAGUUACAAAAAUGACAACUCAACUACAGUGUCAUCAGAAGACGAGAGGAUAAAGGUGAACAAAGUAAAAGAGGAAGAAGAAGAAGAACAACAACAACAACGAGGAGGAGGAAGAGGAAGAGGAGGAGGAGGAGGAGGACAAGAAGAAGAACACAAACCAUCAGAGACUCUUUCCUGGGAGCCUCUGUCUUCUGAGACCAGUAUCAUUAAUCUGAGAGACCCCAACACAGCCCACAGGAGCGGUCAGCCGGGAGGAGACUUGUGGUCACUGAAAAACUUUGCCUGUUAUUUGACCUUUGACCCCAACACUGCCAACUCAGAGCUCCGUCUGACCGAAGGCAACAGGAAGGUGACCCGGGUGUGGUCGGACCACCGGCCCACGGAGCACCCGGACCGGUUUGAGCGCUGCCCCCAGGUCCUGUGCAGGGAGGGGCUUCUGGACUCGGUGUACUGGGAGGUGGUGUGGAGCGGCGGAGCAGACAUUGGCGUCUCCUACAACAGCAUCUCCAGAGACGGAGACACCCGCAGCAGUCUGCUGGGACACAGCGAGCGCUCCUGGAGUCUGGAGUGUUCAGAGGGAAGCUACACGCCGUGCCACCAGAACGACAGGUUCAGGCCCUCCUCGCCACAACCCUUCAGCCACAGAGUCGGGGUUUACCUAAACUGGUCUGUAGGCUCACUGUCAUUUUACUGCAUCUCUCAGGACACCAUGGUCCACCUCCAUACCUUCACUUCCACCUUCACUGAGCCUCUGUACCCAGCUUUCUGGGUGUGGGCCUACGGGGGGUCGGUGUCACUGUGUCAGGUGGAGUUAGACUGGGAGCGACUGCUGCAGUGAACAAGGGGGAUCACAAUGGAUCUAUCCUUAAGCACCAGCAUCAAGCUGAUUGGUUGAUUAUGCUCCUUACACACACAAAAGCUGUUAGUAUUUAUGCAUCAACACCUAGGCCCGUUUAUCCGCAUUAAGCGUGGAGACAUAUGUUCCAACUUUAAGGUCUGAACACAUCAAUCAAACAUGUAUAAACAAGUAUGUGUGAGAACGACCGGCAUCAACUGAGACUAUGAAACACAAUAUGAUUUUAAUGUAUCUGUCAACACCGACUGACUUAGACCAGAAGAGACCCGGUCCGACUUGUUGGAAGAAACAUUAAUCAGCCUUUAUAUUUGCUCUUCUGCUGUUAUGUGUGUGCAUUUCUGUUGUGGUGAUUGUGUGUGUAUUGUGUGUGUGAUGUGUGUUGUCUGUAUGUCGGACCUGUAGCUGGGUCUCCUGACUGCCUCGGGCCUCCUGCAGCUCUUCCUCCAGCUGCUCCAGACGAGCAACACGAAUCUACAACAUACACACCAUGCACUGUUCAGACAUGUCUGUGCUGCAUACCAUCGACACCGAUUCAUCAAACUCAUUUAAUAAAAUGAAUCCAAAUGAAUUAAGAUUCUGUUGCAUUGUUCAUAAAAUGAUUGAAUGACAUGAUCUGCUGUAGCAGAAGGAGCAUAAACAGCAGGCUGUUUCUCACCUGCGUCCUCUGGACCACUUCAUCACUGGUGCCGAAAUGCUCCUCCAUCACAGACUGAACCUGCUGAGCUUCAAACUCCAGCUGCUGCCGGAUCAGAUCCAUCUGCAGAGAAAACUGAAACAACACACACAUCUGAUUUACUCACUGUGAGCCAAAGAAAACCAGAAUUGUUGAUGUUUACUGUAAUCUGAUCUUUUAUUUUGACAAAUGCAGUACAGAAGGUGACUUCCUGUGUAGAGCCACAACAGUCAGUUGACUUAUUAAUCAUGUAAGUAACUUAUUGAACUUAACAUCAACUCCUUGGCCCCAUUUGGAAAACAUAUCAUAACUUUUACUCAAGUAAAUUUUAAUUUUAAAGUUAUAGUAAAAGGUUUCAAAUUUCAAAUGUACUUUUGACUACCAAAAUAAAAAGAUGUAUGCAGAAUGGCCAAUUUCAUAAAACAUUUAAAAAAUAUAUGAUUGUAUUGUGAUUCAUGCAUUUAUGUUCAUGCUGGUAAA